AUUUUGGUAUAAAAAAAUCAUAAAACCGUUGUCUCGUCACCGUCCCGCACUCUUCCCGUCGAAGCCUCGCUCUCACUGCAUCACCCAUAACACACAGAAGAAAAACCGGUACCCGUCAUCAUGGGCUCCGACAACCCACAUAACUCACCUGGACUCAAUAUCUCAAGCACCCAAUCGAUUCGCUCUUUUCUUCUCUCCGCUUCCAAAGAUCCUCAGCUCUCACCACAAUUACAACAACUCGCUCUCAAUCUCACCUCUCUAAGUACUCUUCCCUACAAGUCCAUACGAAAUAUAUGGCUGGCAUCAUCUCCGUCGGCCCGACCCGAAUUGCUCCACCUGUUCUCUGGAUCCGAGUUCGUCUUAAACAGCCCCAAACCUAGAGAGAAGAGUGAAGAAUUGAAGGCUAGAUUGAGGAAAUUAGCAGAAAUAGCUGAGAGGAAUGAGUAUCGAGAGCUUGUUAAGGAUAUUAUGCCCAACAAUGAACAAAAUGAGCCUUUCUCUUCUUACAAAGAUCAGCUUGGUUUUGGUUUACAUGUUGCACUUACAAUGUUUACUGGCUAUUUGGUUGGAUAUGCUGCAUUCAGAGCAUUGUUUAGCCAGAGUCCUGCCAUGAGUGCUGCUGGAGGCAUUCUUGGAUUGGUUUUCGGCAUGCUUGUAGAAACAUUUCUUUUUAUUAUUAGAAGUUCAAGUCAAGAUCUUCAAUUAUCUUCUUCUGCUUCCAAGCAAAAGAAAACUCAGUAGACAUAGACUUCCCACACAGCACGGGAGAGAAAAGUAGGAGGGUACUUGUAAUCUACUUAGUACAACAGGAUAGCAAGAAGAUAGCACUAUAAUGACAGGAGGGCAUCCGAUAAUAUUAAUUUCUCAUUAUUUCUCUUUUUUUUUAA